UAUGGAAAGCAAAUUGCAUUAGUUUCACUAAUUGAAACACAUUGGGGUUCUGCUUUUGAAUAUAUAGAUCAUCUUUUACAAACAAAAUUAGCAAUAAAAUUUAUUUUAGCUAAAGAAAAUCUAAGAAUUGAUAGCUAUAUUCAAGUUUUAAUUAUUGAUGAUGAUUUUUGA